UGUUCUCAAAUUAUCAUAAUUCAUAUUUUGGAGUGUUACCGGUAGCCCCAGCUCUGAACAAGUAACACAACAACACAGUGGAAGGUAUUGCCUUGACCAAAGAUGGUGAAGUGGCAGAGACUCAUUUUUCCCUUUCUUCGCCACAUUCACAAGCGAGUUGUGGAUCAUCACCAUGCCAAUCCUUCAGCUCCAAGCCUUGCCAUUUCUCGAUUAGCCUCUUCUCUUUCACAAGGUCAGAUAGGGAGGAUAACGAUGCCAACUUUGCCCUGUUUCUCAAGACCCAUUUUCCUGGGUUUCCAACAUCAGGGAAUUUCAACUACUGCUCCAUUGCUGGCAAAUUCAUCUGAGGAAGCACCUGUUUUGUCACCUUUAGUCCCAGUUUCAUCUUUGGGUGGUUCAAAAGGUGAAGACCAGAAGCAGAAAGCUGUUACUAAGCCAGAAACGGUUCAAGCAAUAUUAAAGGGAAUAAAGCAGAGUCCGAAGAAGGUCAACCUAGUUGCUGCUCUGGUUCGUGGCAUGCUUGUUAAAGAUGCAUUGAUGCAACUGGAAUUGACAAUAAAAAGAGCAGCAAAAACUGUUUAUCAGGUUAUUCAUUCAGCCCGAGCAAAUGCCUCUCACAAUCAUGGUUUAGAUCCAGAACGUCUCAUCGUAGCGGAAGCAUUUGUAGGAAAGGGGUAUUUCAAAAAGAGAAUUGCCUUCCAUGCCAAAGGAAAAUCAGGGCUCAUAAUGAGACCAGAAUGCAGGCUAACAGUUGUAGUGAGAGAGAUAACUCCGAAAGAAGAGGCUGAUAUUGCUAGGUUGAGAGUUCACAACUUUAAGAAACUAACUAAGCGGGAGAGACGACUUGUGCCUCAUCAACUUAUUGAGACCACUCCUGUUUGGGGCCGCAAAAACAAAUCUAGUGGUCAAAACUUGAGUGCUGCACCUGCAUGAGCCUCACUUUGUUUCCAAGUUUUCAUGCUUCAUGGCAUUUUGUGUAAUAGAUUAUUCUUCUUGGACAUUACAUGAUAUGGAAACUAUUGAGAAAUUUGUCUGGCCCUUGUUUCAAAUCAUAGAAAGUUUGUGCUGGAUCAUGUUAAGUAUUAUUCUCAUUCACUAGCUUAUUUUUCUUUCUGCUAGGUACUAAAAAGGAUAUGCCCUGUUCAAUUAGCAGCAAAAGAAUCUCCUCUCGUUUUGAGUGGAAGUAUAACCCUGUGAUUUUCAAGAUAAGGGUACUCUUGCAUCAUUUUAUUAAAUGUGGUUUUAUUAUUUAUUGAA